AUGCAAAUCUUGAGCACUUGUAGUUUAGGAGAAAUUGUGAGCAUCCAAUUGCUGUUUACAGCUUUGUCCAUCACCAGCUCCUCAAGAACAGGACAGCCCGAUAAAAGCCUACGACGGAAAACAAACAGCGAUAGGAACAUCAAGGAUAAUCGAUGGUGCAACAAGGACCAACGUCGAGCUUCAAAGUUUCUAGAACCGGGGAACUACGCAAUACCAUUGACCUGUCCACAAACGUCAUGAACCUCUCGUAUUUGGAAGGCUCGGUCUCAAAACCAUCGUUGAAAUCAAGUUUUGAAAACAUCUUCCAAAGAAACCUCCAUCGUUUCGACAAAAGCUUCGUGGAGACUACGUCUUUGAUAGGAAGUGAUGAAAGAAUCUUCAAGAGCAAAUCAUCCGGAAGAUUACUGAUCCUAUCCAUAUCGAAGCCCUAAUUAAACCCCUUUUAAGUUUUAUAACUCGAGGACCUCUCUCAGAUUUUAUGUACGUGGUUAUUCCGAAAACAAAAAAAGAACACAAGAGGGAUUGUGGAAUCUAAAGUUCGGGAUUCCUAAAUCUCAAAGGAUACAAACAACCAAAUACUCAUCGAAUCAAGCGAACCCUCAAGCGUGUACCCUGAAGAAGAAGAGAAGAGAAAAAGACCCACAACCUAAUGUAAGAUUAUUCAUAUUAAAGCAUCUUUAUCUGUUUAGAUACUAAAAAU